AUGCUUAUCGAGGAUCGGGCGGAGCAAAACCGAAUUGUGAGCGCGGCGCACAAAACCGACACGGUCAAGCCGACGGUGGCCCACGAUAAUGAGGCUUUCUUACACGGCGCGAAUAAGGUGCCUUCUGAGGCCGGGCAAAAUAAGGUUUACGCGGGUGGGGAAGGCGCAGACCACGACGACGGCGAGAUGGAGGGAAGCCAGAGAAAAGACGGGGAAAGCACGAGUGCCAAUCCGGGUCGCUCUUUCCUGUGCGUCAAGGCAAAAAUGGCCACGGAGCACGUCGACAGGACAAAACAGCUACCAAAAAGUCCAGGAAAGAAGCUUUGCCAGGGCACAUUUUGGCCAAGCUUGGAUUAUUGA